AUUCCACCCCCUGGGAAGCGUUUCAGGGUUAUAAAGCCUGAACUGAGCGGGGUGGUCGGCACCGAGAGAAUACCAGCGCGCACAAUGGAGUUUGCCUUAUUUGCGUUCUUUACAUUAUUUACCUCGCUUUCCAGCAGUUUGGCGUUCUCACGUAAUAAAGACGCAUGUCUGCUUCCAGUGGAAGAGGGUCCCUGCAAAGGAGAUAUCGAGCGCUAUUACUACAACACCAUCACCCAGAAGUGCGAGGUGUUUUAUUAUGGGGGCUGCGAGGGAAAUGACAACAACUUUAACAACUAUCAAGAGUGCCGCAAGACAUGCUUCAGAAUUCCAAAGAUUCCUCAAAACUGCAGGUAUCCCAGAGAGGAUGGUCACUGUCGUGGCCUCUUUCCUCGCUACUUCUUCAACAUGACCACCAUGCAGUGUGAGUCCUUUUAUUAUGGGGGCUGCGGGGGCAACUCUAACCGCUUUCUAAGUCUCACCUCUUGCAUGGAGUACUGCCGUCCAAAAAAAACUGUUCCUGUGCUCUGUCGGGACCCUCUGGACAAAGGGAGUUGUUCAGCCUCAAUAACUCGGUACUACUUCAACGUGGCCACCAAGAUGUGUGAGGAGUUUGUCUACUCGGGCUGCGGAGGAAGCAACAACAACUUUGUGUCACUGCAGAGCUGUAUGGAUGUGUGUGUUCAAGGAGUGAAAAAACGCACAAGCCAUGGGAAAAUUCGGCGCUUGAAGCAAAAUAGAAACAAUCGUAUCCAAUUUUUGCAGGCCUAAAGGCCUGAUGCUGUACUCAGGAGUUCUGACUUGGGCAAGUCCUCAACGUUUGUUAGAACUAACAUAAUGACAAGGUCGUGUUUGUUGGUAUAAAGCUCAUACACACAAUAUGACUGCCUUAUGUACAUUUUUUGACUUCCCAAUGUGAUUUUUAACGAAUGUUGUUAAUGAUACUCAGUCAGCCUGAAGCAUAAGUGACUAAGCUGCUACAUAAGGUUUUUAGGCUAGCAUUAAAAUUUUAAUUCUUUGAAAUUUAAAUUCAAAUUUAUGUAGGAUUAUAAGUAAUUGACAAAUUUUUUUAUUAUCUACCUAUUAUAGACGAAAAUAUUCAAAGUAUACUUAAAAGCUUUUCUCCAAACCUUUCAGUGAAUCAACCAGGUCUGUCACCUAUAGAACAUGUCAUGGUUAGUUUGUCUGAUUGUUUUGGUAUUUUGCUGUAAAAAUGAUAAUUUGUCAAGAUAAAAUAUACCUUCUUCAAAAACAAGCAUUCACCCACACAUUUGUUGUGACAUCACAAAGGUGUUUUCUUGUCUUCUGUUCAUUGUGUUUACCAAAGCUUGAUUAUUGGGCCUUUAAUGAUGUCAUAAGCCCAACACACACGAAGUAGAAAGAACAGUUUUUUUUUCUCGAGUGCCCUUUUAAAAAUAUUGUAUUGUGUGACAUCCUGCAGCGAAAAUAAAUACUUUAUGACCCA